AUGGAGUCGACGUCUAAAGCUGCAGCUUACCGUAAAACAGUCCCAUCCACGAGCCACAAGAAGAAAGCCAGUGCAAAAAUCGAGCUGAGCGAAGAGCAGAAGCAAGAGAUCAAGGAGGCUUUCGACCUUUUUGAUUCUGAUGGCACUGGCAAGAUUGACGUCAAAGAGCUCAAGGUUGCCAUGAGAGCUCUCGGCUUUGAACCCAAGAAGGAAGAAAUAAAGAAGAUGAUCGCAGACAUUGACAAAGAAGGUUCCGGAACCAUCGACUACAGCGACUUUCUCAGCAUGAUGACUAUGAAAAUGGGUGAAAAAGACACCAGGGAGGAAAUCCUGAAAGCGUUCCGACUGUUCGACGACGACUGCACGGGGAAAAUCUCAUUCAAGAAUUUGAAGAGAGUCGCCAAAGAGUUGGGGGAAAACCUCACUGAUGAAGAAUUGCAGGAGAUGAUCGACGAGGCCGACCGAGAUGGAGAUGGUGAAGUCAACGAACAGGAGUUCUUGCGCAUAAUGAAGAAAACUAAUCUUUACUGA